AUGGCUCUGGUGACGCGUUCUCGAGUGAAGCACUCGAUAGAAGGUCUCAUCUGGCUAAUUUGUAUUAUUGGUUUCCUCUACCAAGCCGGUUUGGUUCUAGAACUUUACGAGAAGUAUGAGUUCACCGUCACUGUGUCUGAGGAAAUGAGAAAGAACAUCGAAUUCCCUGCGGUCACAAUCUGUACGGAAAAAUGGGUUGAUCGUACCAUCUUGUGCGCCGAUCGUGAUCCGGAUUGUGACCUGGAGGUGGAAUCUCAACAACGCCUUCGCUUCGAGUACGAGCUUCGGACGGAUGCGGCAAUGGAAGCCGAGGACCUCUUCAGCUGUGAAUUGGUGUCCGACGCGCCGGGAUGUCCUUCGGUGGAGUGCAACAAAAUGAUCAAGCGAACACAUUUUCGCGCCCCUACCUACGGCUGCUACACGUUCGACAUCCAUCUCAACGCGCAGAAGCAACAUCCCUUCUUCGACUGUAAAACUCCGUGGCUUUAUGAGCUACGCUUGCGUUCUGUUUGGAACACAUCCUCAACGGCGAGAUUCAACGCCAUCAGCAAGUAUCCAAUCACAGUACAUCAGAAAGAGGUUUGUCCACCCGAGAGGCUCUCGCCGAUUUAUUUGCGACAAGGUCUCCACUACUCAAUCUCAAUCGGGCAGAAAUCAUUCAAGAGACUCCCACCUCCAGUCGCCUCGAGAUGCGUGGAUUAUAUUCGCAAAGGCUACUUCGAUGAAUUCCAUGGCUUCAAAAAUUAUGAGGUCUGCGUUCAAGAAUGCGUCAUGCGAGAGGAGUACAAGCUUUGUGGAUGUGUCCGUCCCGAUUACGAGUUCGCAGAGUACGCCUACUUUCGGGAAAGAUGUACUAAGCGCCAAAAAGACUCUUGCGCGAAUCGUAUGACCAGGAUCGACGUCGUCGGUCCUUGUAAGAAAGCGUGCGGUCAACCAUGCUAUGAACUGACGUAUGACGUGAAGCUGGUCGGUCUGCAUGAAGAUGAAGCUGAAACCCCGGAGAACUUCUCGUCCUUUUCCGUCGCCAUAUCUUUCGGGUCAGAUUCCCAGACUGUUUAUGAAUACUCGAAGACGCUAUCGGCAAUCGAAGCCUUCGGUUACAUCGGGGGGUAUAUAGGGAUGUGGCUCGGUAUAUCCCUCUUCUCCAUAUAUACUAUGGUCGAGACAAGUGUCGUCGUGAGAAUGCAGAGGUUCAUCGUAUCGCGGAAGUCUAAACGAAUCAGCAGAGUCGUGCCCAGUCCCUAG